AUGAGGGCAGGUUCUUUGUGGGCCGACGAGCCCAAUGCUCCGUCUACCUCUGUGCCGCGCAUUCCUCAGCCCCAUCCAUGCAAGCACAGUGUUAGCAAUGUCCUUAGACUGUUAGCACGGAGAGAGGUUUCUCCUCAAACAAAAAACUCGUCAAAGAAACUAUGGGGGGAAGCUUCCAAGUCUCAUUCUGAUUCUAUUGGCUCAAGGUGCGAAGCAGCUAGAGAUGCUAGACAUGGCCUUGUCUCAUGGGUGGAGGCAGAGUCACUACAGCAUUUGUCUGCCAGAUAUUGUCCGCUUGUGCCUCCUCCACGGUCAACUAUUGCAGCAGCCUUCAGCCCCGAUGGAAAGACACUGGCUUCUACUCACGGAGACCAUACUGUAAAGAUUAUUGAUUGCCGAACUGGGAUCUGCUUAAAGGUGUUGAGCGGUCACCGUAGGACACCUUGGGUGGUUAGGUUUCAUCCUUUGCAUCCAGACAUUUUGGCUAGUGGAAGUUUGGAUCAUGAAGUUCGCUUGUGGGAUGCAAACACGGCAGAGUGUAUAGGAUCGCGUGAUUUUUUGCGUCCCAUUGCUUCGAUAGCUUUUCAUGCCCAAGGUGAGCUUCUUGCUGUUGCGUCAGGUCACAAGUUAUACAUAUGGCACUACAAUAAGAGAGGGGAGACAUCCUCACCAACCAUAGUACUGAAAACACGACGUUCACUUCGGGCUGUGCAUUUUCACCCACAUGCAGCUCCGUUUCUUUUAACUGCUGAGGUCAAUGACCUUGACUCAUCAGAUUCCUCGAUGACACUUGCAACUUCUCCGGGUUACCUGCGCUAUCCUCCACCUACUGUAUAUUUGGCAGAUGCUCACUCUAGUGAUCGUUCUGGUUUGGCAGAUGGACUACCUCUUAUGUCUCUACCAUUUCUGAUAUGGCCUUCAUUUGCUAGAGAUAAUGGGAGAAUAUCUAUGCAGCGUAGUGAUCUGGACAAUGGUUCAAGUAGCGCACAACAAAGAGUUGAUCCUUCAGCUUCAGUGCGGCUUCUAACAUAUUCAACUCCUUCAGGGCAGUAUGAACUUCUGUUGUCCCCAAUUGAACCUAAUAGCUCUUCUCCAGCGCCAGAAGACACAGGAACUAAUCCUUUCUUGAGUGAAAUGGAAACUGAAGUUUCUCAACCUGCAAUGGACAGUUUGGAGCCUAUGGAAGUUCAACCAGAAGGGAGAAGUAGUCAUAUUUUCCCAUUUGGUGACUCAACAUAUUGGGAACUUCCUUUCUUGCAAGGUUGGUUAAUUGGUCAGACCCAAGCUAGCCAACGGAAUAUGCGGCUGGUAGGUGAUGCUGCACAUGAUAAUCCAUCUGCACAUGGUGAGAUGGAUAAUACAGCUCCCUUAACUUCCUCAGUAAUACCGACCAGUGUGAAUCAAUCCAGGGGUACUGGAAGAUCUAGUUCCCGGCAUCGUACUUCACGUACUCAUAUGGUGCCAACGAUUGGGUCUAAUGAAGGUGCUGGAUUCAAUAAUAUCACACACAGUGAAAGUGAGCCUCAACCUGUUGUGAACAGAAUCCAAUCUGAACUUGCAAACUCAUUUGCUGCAGCAGCAGCUGCAGAGUUACCUUGCACUGUGAAGCUCAGAAUUUGGCCACAUGAUGUGAAAAAUCCUUGUGCUCCCCUUGAUGCAGAAAGAUGUCGCUUAAUCAUUCCACAUGCCGUACUUUGUAGUGAAAUGGGUGCCCAUUUUUCCCCUUGUGGAAAGUUUUUAGCCGCUUGUGUUGCAUGUAUGUUGCCCCAUAUGGAAGCUGAUCCUGGAUUACAGAGCCAGGUCAACAAUGAUGUCACAGGGGCAGCAACUUCUCCAACUCGACAUCCAAUUUCAGCUCACCAUGUCGUAUAUGAGCUCCGGAUAUAUUCCCUUGAGGAGGCAACAUUUGGCAAGGUUCUUGCAUCCCGGGCAAUAAGAGCUGCCCAUUGCUUGACAUCUAUUCAGUUCUCUCCUACAUCAGAGCAUAUAUUACUUGCCUAUGGCCGUCGUCACAGUUCACUUCUUAAGAGUGUUGUCAUUGACGGGGAGACAACAGUGCCUAUUUACACCAUUCUGGAGGUCUAUAGAGUUUCUGAUAUGGAACUUGUGAGAGUUCUUCCUAGUGCGGAGGAUGAAGUCAAUGUCGCUUGCUUUCAUCCUUCAGUUGGAGGUGGCCUUGUCUAUGGAACUAAGGAAGGGAAGUUACGGAUCCUCCAAUAUGAUAGUUCUCAUGGAAUGAGUCAUACAACAUCCGCUUUUCUUGACGAAAACAUGCUUGAGGUCCCGACAUAUGCUUUGGAAUGCUAG